AUGGCUAUGAUAGAGGAAUUUGCCACCAAUAGUCGAGGGUGGUCGAAGGAGAGGCAUCAAACCAGGAGGGUUGCAGCAAUAGAGGCAGACGAGGAGAGCUCCUUUGCGAAGGAGUUAGCAGAGCUAAAGGUUAGGGUGAAUCAGAUGGACACAUCAAGGAGAGAAGAUCCGGUCCCACCGAAUUCCGUUAUUGCAGUCACCAAACCCAACGCUGAAGCCACUCCUACCGAGGAUGUCAACUAUGUGCAACAAGGAGGCGGCUCCAAUAGAUCUUUCAACAACAAUAAUUAUCGCUCUAACCAGGGGGGCGGAUUUAAUGUGAGUAAAGGUGGAAUGGUUGAGCCCGCAAAAAAGGAGGAGAGAUACGAGGCAGGGAUCAUGAGAAUCCAUGAAGUUCUAGUCCAAGAUAGAAGGACCAACGACACCAAGAUUAGAGUCGUGGAAGCAAGGUUGAACAACCUCGAGGCUGUAAUAAACACGAUCUCAACUACCGUCACCUCAAUCAAAACUCAGAUGGACCAAGUCCAACAAAAGAUAGAUGAGCACAAGAAGUCAGCAGCACGAGUGGCUGACAUCAACACAAAGUGGGUUGUGAAGCAUAAAACAGGGGCAGAAAGCAGCUCUGGGGCGCAAACUGGAGUCUGCCUGACGCCCAGCGGAACGCUGCAAGCCUCACAGCCGGCCGCUAUUGAGCCGGCAGAAGCACCCGCGACAAAAGAUGUUCUCGUGCGGCACAAUGAGAUUGUACUCCCUUUUCAGCCAAUGAGGACGUUUAAACUUGAAGAGCAAUUUGAGCACUUCUUGAAUAUGUUCUUCAAAGUGCAUAUUAAUAUUCUUCUUGUUGAAUCAUUGCUGGAAAUACCUAGGUAUACAAAACUACUUAGGGAGGCCGUGAUGCGAAAGAAGAAGCCUACUAAGGCAGAUCUUAAGCUACCUCUCCAUUGCAGUGGGAUCAUUCAACGAGAGAAGGCAAUAAAGCAGAGGGAUCCCGACCACUUCAUCAUCAGGUGUUCAAUCGGCCAAGGAAAGGUGGACAAAACACUCUGCGAUCUAGGAGCUAGCAUCAACAUCAUGCCACUCAAGUACUACGAAAAGCUCAACAUCGAACCCCUUAUGACUGCGGACUGCACGAUAAGGUUGGCCGAUACCAGUGUUGUUAGGGUCAUUGGGCGCUCCGGGUCGAUGAGGGGGAAAUCCGGGGCGCGGGGCGAGCGACCCACGAAUCGGGGCGCACUAUUAUGUUUAGUUACAACUUAA